AUGAUGUUCCCCGGCCUCCUCGCGCCCCCCACGGGGUAUCCCAGCCUCCUGCGACCCACGCCCACCUUAACACUGCCCCAGUCCCUUCAAUCUGCGUUUUCCGGCCACUCUAGUUUUCUAGUGGAAGAUUUGAUCCGCAUCAGUCGGCCCCCCACCUACCUGCCCCGUAGUAUACCCACUGCCAGCCUGUCACCCCCAAGGCAGGAGGCUCCCACAGUCCUCGCCGACUCGGGGACCUCGGACCUGGGUUCUCCGGGGCCAGGGAACCGGCGUGGCAGCUCUCCACAGACAGCCCUCUCCCCUGCCAGCGAGCCCACGUUUCUGAAGUUUGGGGUGAAUGCCAUCCUCUCAUCAGUGCCCAGAAGAGAAACGUCGCCGGCUUUGCUGCAGAACCCCCCUCCCAAGACGUUCGCCUUUCCUUACUUCGAAGGCUCCUUCCAACCCUUCAUUAGAUCCUCCUAUUUCCCAGCGUCCUCCAACGUCGUGCCGAUCCCCGGGACGUUCUCCUGGCCCCUGGCCGCUCGCGGCAAGCCUCGCCGGGGCAUGCUGCGCAGAGCCGUGUUCUCUGAUGUGCAGCGCAAAGCCCUGGAGAAGACGUUCCAGAAGCAGAAAUACAUCAGCAAGCCUGACCGGAAGAAGCUGGCCGCCAAACUGGGCUUGAAGGACUCGCAGGUGAAAAUCUGGUUCCAGAAUCGACGCAUGAAGUGGCGGAACUCCAAAGAACGCGAGCUCCUAUCUAGCGGGGGCUGCCGAGAGCAGACCUUGCCCACGAAACUAAACCCUCACCCAGACCUUAGUGACGUAGGCCAGAAGGGCCCUGGGGAUGAGGAAGAAGACAUCCGGGAUCCCUGCCUGGCCUACCAUGCACCCCCUGACCCUCGACACCUGCUGGAAGGGCCCCUGCCCGCCUCCCCUGAGCACUCCAGCAGCCCUGGGAAACCCUCGGACUUCUCUGAUUCCGAUGAGGAUGAGGAGGGUGAGGAGGACGAAGAAAUCACUGUGUCCUAG